CGACAUCACCAUCCCACCUAGUCACAACGAUUUAGGGUCAAUCUCCGAGACAGGAGGGUGCUCUUACCUCCACCUCCUCCUCCUCCUCCCCCUGGAUCCCCCCUUUUCUAUCAGUAUCUCCCUCCCACUCUAUCUCGGUGUUUUAUGUCUGCGUCACAACAAGUCGGUGGAGAGCGAGAAGGCAGGGAUGAUGGCGUCUCUGGCGGCUUGAUUCCGGGGCUGCUUUUUUUUUAAAUUUUUAAAAAAAAAAAUACAAACCCGCCUUAUUAGCAUCAGGAGAGAGAAAGAGGGAGAGUGAGGGGGGAGGAAGAGAGCAAAAGCGACGGGAACAUGACGAAACGGCACCGCGGAGGACGGACAAACUAGAUUGAGAGACGGACGGACAGUCAGUCGCCCUCCUCCUCCUCCUCCUCCUCCUCCUCCUCGCUGACGGCUUGACUGACACACACAGGCGCUUGGCACAGACAGGGACAUACAUGCACAUCAGCCACUUUUUGCAAACACGCAGGCUGCGCAUCCGAGCGGUCAGUAAUUGGGAGAUCCACAGCAGAUGAGGGCAUUUCAUGUCCAGCCAGUCCAGGAAUCACUGUGACCCCGACGGAAAGGAGUUCGACUUGACAGGAUGGGGGGAGUAAGUGAAGGAGAUGAUGUGUUGGCUCGAUGGAGUGAUGGACUACUGUACCUCGGCAAUGUGAAAAGAGUAGAUGGAGUCAAGCAAUGUUGUCUGGUGAGGUUUGAGGACAACUCCGAGUUCUGGGUGCUGAGAAAGGACAUUCACUCGUUUGCUGCUGGAGUGGAAGAAGUUUGCUGUAUUUGUGACGCUCCGCCUCUUAAAGAACCACUCAUAAAUUGUCUUAAAUGUCGCCACGGUUAUCAUCCAGAGUGCCACACGCCAACCAUCGAACCGGAAGCUGACAGCGAUUCGUGGAUAUGUCGGCAAUGUGUCUUUGCAGUCGCAACCAAGAGAGGCGGGGCCCUCAAACGGGGACGCUUCGCUCGGCUCAUGCAGUUCAUGAAACUGCGGCUCCCCUACCAGCUAUCGUCUUUGGACUGGGACCCGCAGCAUCUGACCAAUCAGCAGCAGUGUUACUGCUACUGUGCCGGACCUGGAGAGUGGAACCUGAAGAUGCUGCAGUGUGGAAGCUGUGGUCAGUGGUUCCACGAGGCCUGCACACAGUGUCUAACCAAGCCAUUGCUGUACGGAGACAGGUUUUAUCAGUUCCAGUGCUCAGUUUGUACAAAGGGACCAGAGACAAUCCAGAGACUACCCAUGACAUGGGUGGAUUUGGCUCAUUUAGUGCUCUACCAUCUCUCGCUGUGCUGCAAGAGGAAAUACUUUGAUUUUGACCAUGAAAUCCUGUCCUUCACCAAUGAGAAUUGGGACUCGUUGCUUCUAGGCGCGCUCUCUGACACGCCAAGGCAGGACCGCUGUCACAAUCUCCUCAACGCUCUAAACUCCCACAAGGACAGGUUUGUUUCUGGAAAGGAGAUCAAGAAGAAAAAGUGUCUUUUUGGACUUCAAGUUCGAGCCCCGCCGCCACUGACGUCGGAUUCGUCGCCCCUCAUCACCGACCCACCUAUCAACAUCACGCACCGGAGAAGCCCUUUGUCACUACCCUGCCAGAGGAGAGUUGGGGGGCCAGAGUCGCGUAAAUCAAAGCGUCGCAUCAUGGAGACACAGGCUUGUCCACCUCCAGUUGCUGCCAACCCUAUUGAGCUGCUGCCAUGUUGCCAUGGCUACAUGGGAGGGGCCAGCCUUUACAACUCCAGGAAGUCAGAGGAGGAGCUUAACUUGAGCUCUCCUCCCAAGCGGAUGUACGCCCUGUACCACACCACGUACAACGGAAACACUGCACUCUCCAGGAAUCUCCAUCACUACAACAGUGUGGACGACACCUGCAGGUUACCGCCAACAUGCUUCCCGUACCCCCUCAACAACAAUGGCAGCCAUCACCACCACCAUGUCCACCAGCACCACCACAGCCACCAACACCAGCCAGGGCAGAAGCCACUGGAGCCCGUCAUCCUUCGUGACCUUCCCCCUUAUCAGGCCGGCAUGGGCGGAGGUGGAGGUGGUGGUGUAGGAGGAGGAGGAGGAGGAGGAGGAGGAGGGGGAGGGGGAGGUGGCAGUGGAGGAGGUGGAGUGGGAAUGGGAGUUGGGGGCGGGGAUGGGACAGUGUCCAGGAACUGGGGAGGCGGGGAGGCGGUGAGGAUCUUGGCGAGGCGUGUCACACCGGACGGGAAGGUGCAGUACCUGGUGGAGUGGGAGAACGUGAGUUUGUACUGAGAGCGAACACCAGACACAAUGACUGUUCCACGGUUGCCACAGGACUACUGUGUACGUGAUAUGUGGCAGUGUUUAAAGUACGAACGAAACAAAAAGAGAGAAAAAAAACAAAACGUUGCAAAUCCAGGUUGCUCUCAUAGUAUCACCUCUAUUCUACAUCAUUAUAACCUCACUACUCGUUACUAAAUGUCCCUCUUUGCUAGUGUUUCUCUGAUAUUUGUACUGUUAACUUUGGAAUAUGCCUUUGCAUUUAUCAUGUUUUACAGUGAUGAGGGAAAGUAUUCAAACCUUCUGAAAAUUUGUCAAUAUCUGGGCUACAUCAACAGAUACAGAAGAAGACAGAUUACUGUAGUUCUAGUAGUUAUGCAACAGUUCAAAAAUAAGUAUUACUUCACUGUUUUCAACUAGUUACUGUUUACUUUUAGUUACCACAAAUAACAGAGUGAAGAAACUUUAGCAUAAAGUAUGGAAGCAAAGAUAAUAGGUCCAAAACUCACUAUUUUGAAUGUUGUAAUUGGUUUAAAUGGCACAAAAAACAAAAUGUAAUGCACAAAGGACAAGUUUUGGUUUAGCUGGGGCAAUGUGCUGGACAAAGCUAAAGGAAGAUACCGCGGCCUCCAAAGAAAUCGUACUUCUUUCAGUCUUAUACUAAGCUGAACUAAGUUUCCUCUGGCUGUAGCUUCAUAUUUAAUGAAUAGACACUACAGAGGAGUCUCUGUCUUCUAAUCCAGCUGUCAGCAAGAAAUCAAAGAACUGUACUUUCCAAAAUGUGGAACUAUAUCUUAAUUUAAGUCAAGUGGAAUCACCAUUAUUUACAUUAUAUGGCACUUUUUUAGGCCCUUUUUUGCCUUUAUUGUAGAGGACAAUGGAGAGAGAGACAGGAAAUGUGGGGAGAAGAGUUGGAGAAGGACAUGCAGCAAAUGGCCAUGGGUCAUUGUAAGACCAUGGGCACUGCAUCGGGGACUAUAGCCCCUGUUCAUAGGUUGCCAGCUCAACCAGUUGAGCUACCGGGGCGCCCAUAUGGCACAUUUUUAACAACAGAUACUGUGCCAAAGUGCUCUUCAUUAGAGAAAUAGGAGAAACAUUGCAUAGUUAUCCAACAAGUUUAAAUAUAAUACAAAUUCAUCCCAUUUAAAUAUUAAGGUUAAGAACCUACAAUAAUGUAAUUAGAAUAAUAAUUUACUUGACUUAUUUAAAUAUUAAGGUUUAGAUGCUAAAAAAGUAUACAGAAAACCCAACAAAUUUAAAGAUUCCCUUUGUGUAGUCAUUUGGCAAUAGGGGACAAUCAGCUUAAUAUGAAUUACAUAACAUACUGUUUUAUAAAUGGGGCUCAGUAGUUUUAGAAUUCCAGCAAUUUGCAACACAGCGAUUCUUCUUGCGUAAAAUGAACUUGAAGGACUAGCAAAGUACCCAGUCAGCACUAAUUUGAUAAUUUGUAGUUCAAAAGAUGGAAAGAAGGCCAGCGUGGAAAUUGAAAAAAGUUACAUUUUCUGUUUUGUAGCUGUUCAAGUGUAUUUUAAUAGUAUAGUUGGCAUCAUAAUCACUGAUUAUGGCACACAUCAAAUGAAACUACAAAACUUGACCUUUUUAAGAAUACUAGUUGCUUUUCUGUGCGAUGAAGUGCCAGCAAAAAAUAAAUAAAAAAAAAUGUAAUGCCCAUCAAAUUUAUCCAGAGUUAAAGCCUACAUAUAGCUGAACAUCUUUCCAAACACCCAUUACUUAUGAGCUCAUCAGUGCAUAGAUAUGGAACACAAGAAGGAGCAGAAGCGGAGCUUUGUAAUGACGCUUGUCACAUAUUUAUACAUACCGAGGUAAUUGCAUUAUGUACACAGAUCCAACUUCAUCAUAAUUAAUAAACAUUUGCCUGGUUUGACACCUCUGCAAGUAGGCUAUUGUGUUUACACUCGAGUGAAUAAAAUAAUGACAGUUGUUUCUGUUCAGCACUAAGCACAUAUUUUUUCCAGAUAUCUAAGUCAUAGCAUCAUGCUUCUGAUAUUGUCAGUUUCCAGACAGUUUCCUAUACACAGUUAUUAAAAGAUAUAUCUCUACUGCCAGCAUUUUAUGGUGAGAUAUAUGUAAAAACAUAACAAUGUCUGAUUUUUUUUCUCUGUAAUACAAAGACUAAUAUAAAAAAUCUGCAAGUAGUAACAUCAAAUGAUGGAAGAUCAGGAUAGAUGAGACUUGUGAAAAAAACAAGGUACAGCAUGUAUGUCUAGCACUUAAAAUGACCAAGAUAAGAGCCUUAAAGGCGAUGAAAUUACCCUAGCUCACAGGGUUAAAUGCCACAGUCAUUACAGUGAUUAUCUGUAACCUAGGUGUCUAAAAUGACACCUUUUUCAACCAAGUCUUGCCCAUUUAUAGUCUAGACAUCUGAAGCCUCAAGUCACCACACAGGUGUUUAGCGGCUGCUUAAAACAGAGAGAAGUUUUCACAUUAGAGUUGUUCUUCUUCAAGGUAACAAACAGAAGCAGCGUUCCCCAUCGGUUGAUGUCCAAGGAAUGAAGCAGCAGCCAACACCACGCUCACCAUCAGCCCUCACUUUUGUAGCUCCUCAUUCAUCAACUUAUGUUCACAUGGAGUUCAGUGAGAAAAUUAACCCAGAGAAAUUAGCAGAGAUGAAUGAUCCGUCAUCAGUGAGAGGCUUGAUGACAGCUAGGCGGCGGCUGCUGGCUGCUCAUAAAAAAGCAGUAACCUCUUAAUUGCUGGGAAGAGACAGAAUAUUACAGUCAGUCUUAUAUUUUUAGCCACGUAGGGGGUAGUUUAAUAGCAGAGGAAUCUGACUAUGGCUCCAUAAACAACAAAUUCUCUGGAGGUUUUCAUGUUUUCUCUCAUUGCAGUAUGUUAAUAAGAGAUUGUAUACACAUUAUUAUGGGGUUACUUAUUUGUUAUGUUAGAUUUUGUCAUACAUAAUUUACUCUUAGACUACUGUAUGUCUUAGAAAUAGGAGCCACAAGAGGGCUUUUGUUUUCUAGAUAGAAUUAUAUAUUCACAAUAUAUUGCUAUGAUGGAAUAACUUUAUUUAUUUAUUUAUUUUGAUGUGGUUGCAUAGUGCCUAUAUGGGUUGUGUACCUGCAGAUUGGUCUGCUGAACAGAUGGAUGAUGAGCGAGGAAGGCUCUUAAUCAGCUGACAGACGUGUGAAGGAGGACCAGUUAUAACGAACAGGACUGUGAUGUUACUGUACAUUCCAAAAUAACAAGAAAAAUAAUAUAUAUGUUAUUGAAAUACAUGUUUAAAGUCAUCAUAACAGAUUUUAUUUAGGAGAAAAUGUGCUUUUUUUGAUUAUUGUUUUGAUGAGAGUUUCAGUUUGAGUCACAGAACAUGUAAAAACAAAAGACACCAACUUAAAUCCAUAGUAUCUUCCAGGGUCUAUAAUUUAACAACAAAGCAUAAAGUCUAAAUGCAUUGAUCAGCUGCUCAUGUCCCUUCCACUCAGAUGUGUUUAUAGAGGCAAGAGGUGGUACUGAAGUUGGAAAUUUUAUCUUUGUGCAACCAGGUUACAUAAAUCUAGAAUACUGUGGUGCAAGUCUCAGAGUUUAUAUUUUAUACAGAGGUUUAUUUCAGCAAUCUGUUCGAUAAAACUUCCAUGACAUGUACAUUUUGUCAGUUUUAUCCUUGAAGACAAACCACAUUACAGGUUCAGUUGAAAAAGCAAAAGACAAACACAGCAUUUAUGCAGUUCUAAUUGAUGCAAAAGAGUUUCUUUGAAUACCGACCUCUCUGUUGAAUUAUUUCCAGUGGAACGAUGUUGCAUUGCAAUUCUCAUCCUCCUCAGUGACUAUUUGACUGUAGUUUAUUAGGAAGGGGUGUGCUGAAAACCUUUCUAGGCGAUGGUGAUGAAUGUAUUUGUGUGUUUUCUAUGGUAUGUCUAUACCCGUCAAGUGCUUGUUAUAGGUUGUACUCUCGGUGGAACUCAACCAGACUAGUUUAAAACAAAAUAGGAGGAAAUAAAGACAUCAACAUUGAGGAAAAAAACAUUUAUUUUGGGAGACGGAGUCUUCUUUUUCUGAUUAGUAGUCAAGUCCAAGUUCAGUUCGAUGUAUUUUUGGAGAAAUUAUGUUUGUACAUGUAUACUCUGCGUUGACACACCUAAUAUGUAACAUGAAUAAUAAAAAAAUUUCACCUCG